AAAUACGAAAGCUAGUUAGAAAUAUAUAUUACCCACAAUUCACAUCACAUUCCUUUCCGGUUUAAACAAAAUGACGGUCGACAAGGAUGACAAACGAGCUAACAAUCAAAUGCGACAGCUCCGCAUCCAGAAAUUAUGCUUGAAUAUUUGUGUUGGAGAAUCUGGUGAUAGGCUCACUCGUGCUGCCAAGGUAUUGGAGCAGCUCACAGGCCAGCAACCUGUAUUUUCAAAAGCCAGGUACACCGUUAGAUCCUUUGGUAUAAGGAGAAAUGAAAAAAUUGCUGUCCACUGCACUGUCCGUGGUGCCAAAGCCGAGGAGAUUUUGGAGAGAGGUCUUAAGGUUAGAGAAUAUGAAUUGAGAAAGUCCAAUUUCUCUGAGACUGGCAAUUUUGGGUUUGGUAUUCAAGAACACAUUGAUUUAGGAAUUAAGUAUGAUCCCAACAUUGGUAUCUAUGGCAUGGAUUUCUACAUUGUUCUUGGCCGACCUGGUUACAAUGUGAGUCUCCGCCGACGAAAGAAGAACAAGAUAGGAGUCAAACAUAAAGUCACAAAAGAGGAAGCUUUGAAGUGGUUCCAACAAAAGUUUGAUGGUAUCCUCCUCCCUGGCAAAUAAUUACAUGAAAUAAACAAAAUAAAUAUUCAAA